AGCGGAAUGGGGAGCCCAGCAUGCCGAUGAUCACUGUUAAUACGGCAUCAGUCAGCCUCGAUGAAGUUCAGUCAAGCUACAAAGGCCAUGGGUUGAUCAAUCGAUUAUUGUUUGUGUCAGAAGUAUGUCUGCCGUUACAAAAAGAUGCGCUCAUUAUGCUCAUUCGCUAUCUUGUUGAGAACACUGUAAACGUGCAGACAUAUGCGUUAGCGCAUCAUCGCUUGGAAUUGUUGCGUGGUGCUGCGCCGGUUACAGAAAGCCCCGGUGCCACGUUCUGUGAGAACGCAGUGGAUGGCUGGGCACACCUGGACUCCCAGUGGAUGGACAAGACUUCAAUGAAGGCACAAACACAAUUGGAUGUACUUAUCGCAGAAUUUAACAGGCAAAAAGAAGAGGGCGUCAAGGAGUCUACGCGUCGCGCAUUCAACGACGUUUUUGAGCAACACAUCGCAAUGGGACAGUUACAGGAAGCAGCUAAGCUUUACAGUCAUGGAAUACGCGAGUACUGCACCUCACCAAAACAUGUCAUCCAGGUUGCGCAGUAGUU